CAAGCUACUAAAACAGUGGCAACAGUGAACUUCGUGUUCGCGCUAUUUCCCCUUCAAACCAACACAUCACGAGUAAGCAUAUAGAUAGCAAAAUGGUAAUCUACCUAGGCGGCGGCGACUGAGAAUGUGUGUGCAUCAGUAUAAAAGCGCUACUCAAUGGGCCGAAUUGCAACAUUCGGUAUUGGAAUCUCGCUGCUGCAGGUGUGCUGCGCUAGCCUACUAAGCUAUUACCUACAACAACCAAGAAGAUGACUGGCCGUGGCAAAGGAGGCAAAGGGCUCGGCAAGGGAGGCGCUAAGCGGCACCGCAAGGUGCUUCGUGACAAUAUCCAGGGCAUCACCAAACCCGCCAUUCGUCGUCUGGCUCGACGUGGAGGAGUGAAGCGAAUCUCCGGUUUGAUAUACGAGGAAACCCGUGGUGUGCUGAAGAUUUUUCUGGAAAACGUUAUCCGGGACGCUGUGACGUACACUGAACAUGCCAAACGGAAGACCGUCACUGCGAUGGAUGUCGUCUAUGCGCUUAAACGCCAGGGACGCACAUUGUACGGUUUUGGUGGUUAA